CAGUUGCCCUAUGAACAGUCUACAAAUGAAGAACACAUUGCAAAGCGUGUAAAACAUGAUGAGGUAUACUCAACGCCAACGGUCAGUGAAGAUAAAUUUUCGUAUAUGGGUGACUUUGCAGUCGUUUAUACUGAUGGUUGUUGCUCAGGUAAUGGACGUAAUAGGGCACGUGCUGGAAUAGGUGUCUACUGGGGACCAGGCCACCCUUUAAAUACCAGUGAAAGACUUCCUGGACGGCAGACCAAUCAAAGAGCAGAAAUACAUGCAGCCUGCAAAGCAAUAGAGCAAGCAAAGAGUCAAAACAUCAAGAAACUAAUUAUCUACACUGAUAGCAAGUUCACUAUUAACGGUAUUACGAGCUGGGUUGACAACUGGAAAACAAAUGGCUGGAGAACAAGUUCAGGAGGAAGCGUAAUAAAUAAAGAAGAUUUUGAAAGACUUGAUAAUCUAUCAAAAGGCAUAGAAAUUCAGUGGAUGCAUAUUCCCGGUCAUUCUGGAUUCCAAGGAAAUGAAGAAGCUGACAGACUAGCAAGAGAAGGAGCGAGUAAACAAAAGUCCUGACGUACGGGGACUAGAGACUUGCAGUAGUCAGAAAAGGACUAACAUCACAGUGACAAGUUGAGCUGCUGUAAUUGUUUCGGAGUUGAACUUUGAACUGUGCUUCUUUCUGGCCUGAAGUGUUAAGCAUAUACCAACUUCUGGGGAGAAAAAAACCACACUUUCUUCUAUAGCGUUUGUUUUGCAAUCCAGUCAAUUUAGUUGAUGAUACAGUGUUGCUUUUUCUCCAUCUUACUGAAGGGCCGCAGUCAGUGUUUUUAGCUGUCGUGUAGACUUCUGAAUUCACCGUAAAGACAAGACUUCUGAAGAAGUAAUAUUAAAUCUUCAUCCUAAGUGGUCUGUAUUUUUCUCUUAGUGAAAUAAACUUUUUUUUUUUUUUAUUUUGUACAGAGGUAUAUAUUAACAGCCCAAAGUCAGGGGCAGGGGACUUUGGGGUUGGUUGGUUUGAUAAGAGGUCAGUGACCUAACAGGGAGAUGUCCAUUAAUACGCUCUGGCAUUCUGUUGCUAGCAAUACCUGCUCUACAGAUGGGCUUGUAACGCUCACCUGUGCCUCACGGUACCAUCAGGUACAGCAUCUGCAGGUUUCUUUAUCGUGUUACUUUGCAAGGUAGCAUGAACAAACUAAAAAGCCAGGUCACAAGAAAAUUUGAACAAUUAAUUUUUACUGUGCUCCUCUCUCUAGCUGCUUAGUGUCUAAGAUAUUUGUUUCUGGCUUCCUGUUUCCAUUAACUUUUUUAUGCAUACUCAUUCUCAUUAGCGUUGUUUGUUCCUCUUCAGUGUUGUCCCAAAGGUAGUAAUUGGCCAUUUUAUCUGAAAUGGAACUAGAAGAUGAUCAGCUUCUCCAGAUCUUCUGGAUGUCAAGUGUUUGACUUCGUUUUUUCCAGUCAGUGAUGAGAUUAAUGGAAUGGCUAAUGUGCACUUGAAUUAGAGAGUAAUUACCAGUAAUCGACAUAGAAAAUAAAACUAUGCAUCUAUACAGGGACAGCAAACAAGCUUGGUAGGUUAUCUUCAUCAACUUCUUUGUAAGGUGCCUUCAUACCAUUGAACAGUAGGGCUUAAGCUAGAAGUCACCGAAUUAUUUCUGUAUUUGUUAAUUGCUAUACAGAAUGGUAGAGCUGCAGAAGCUCGAUUUCUUAGUAGUUCUCAUGCAUUAUAAUAUCUUGACUGAGGCAAAAUGUGAGCUGUUACGUAUUUAGAGUCACAUGAAGUGUGACAGAAUGAGGGAACUGGCUAGCUGGUGGCUCACAGAUGGGUGAGGUUUUUUUAUUUGUGUUCUCUCAUCCAAAACUGCACAGUAAAGCUCAUCUAGGGGUAAGGUAGUGCAUGGAUUAGAUUUUUCUCCUCUGCUUUUUUUUGUAUGUAUGCACACAAUUAGCCAUCUCUCUGUUUAUUUUAGAAGUUUGGCUUGAAGGAAAACACCCCAUCAUCCCUGAUCAGAUCGCUGGUUGAGGCAGAACGCUGUGACAAACAACAUACUGAAGAGGUGGCGUUUAAUAAUCUGCCUGUUGUACAUCUCCAGUUAUCAUGUAGAUCCUGUUUACCGUGCGGAAAUCUGUAUUUUUUUGAAGCAUCAACUUUGGAAAAAAAAUUUAGGUAGUGGAUAAAUAGUAACAUCAGUGUAAUACUGAAUUUAAGCAAUUUUACUGCCUGAAUCUAAUAGGUAGAUUAUAAUAGGAUAUCUAAUAGGAAAGGGGUUUAUGUUAAUUUGUUACCAAUGUUUUAUCUUUCUGGAAAUUCAGGAGGAAAGAAAGCUGAGAGGAAAGUUAUAAGAUUAAGGCCGAUUAAGGGAUGAAAAGCAAAUACUACUUCUCAACAGGACUUGACAGGGGCUCGAGGACCUGCAGAGGAUGUUGGCUGUUCAAUUUCUUUUCAGGGAACUGAAACUCUAGGAGGGUGUUGGCAUUUAGCAGCCAUGCCAAUCAGCGGAUAGGCACUGAACUUCUGGUGGGGUUUGUACAUGCUGCUGCAAUACCAGCAUUAGACCGGCUUGCCUGUAAUGUUAUGAGACUUGCAAUUAAAUUUUAUCCAGAAUCAAUAGUCAUUAGUGCUUAUACAUUGACUACUAUACACUAAAGGCAUCUGGU